AGUCAAUCUCGUGCUGGCUCGGAGGCUGGAGGCUCGCAGCGCGGCUCCCCUCCCCAAGGCUACGGCAGAUCACGCUCCGGUAGCCAGACUUCUACCUCCGGCAAGCCCAACCCGUUCGGUCCCUCACUCGGAUACGAUCCCGCCAUCGAUCCUAAGGACCUCCAGUCGUUAAAACCCCAGAUGUCCACCACCGAGCUGGUUGGGAAGCGUAUUGAUCUUCCCGCCGAGGCGUUCAAGACGGACAAGGAGUCAACCCGAUUCACCAAGCGUCCUCGAUUCAGCAAGGACGGAAAGCCCAUUCGUGUUCAGCUGAAUGUCUUCCCUGUCAGCAGCUGGCCCACCCAGGACAUCGUUCAAUACGAUGUCAACGUCUCACCCAACCCCAAAGACUCACGAGCCUUGGUGAAAAAGGUCUGGGAAUCUUCUCCCGUUCAGCAAUUCCUCCAGAGCUCUGGUGGCAAGUGGCUGUACGAUGGACACAAACUUGCUUGGAGUUCUCGGCCCAUUCCUCGCGGUGAGCAGCGCAUCUCUGUCGAUUUGGACAAGUUGGCAGGCAAGACUCGAGUCGGGAGAGACGGUGUCUACUACUGUCAUAUUCGAACUUCCGCCACCAUUAAGAUGCAGUACCUUCGCGCCUAUCUUAACGGACAGGCUGAUUGGGACAAACAUGUCCUUGAGUGCAUGAACUUCCUCGACCACCUCAUGCGACAGAGACCUAGUGAGAGGAUGAUAUCAAUCAAGCGCAACUUCUACGCCGAGGAUAGCCCUCGUCUCACCCUAGACAUGUACACUCAUGUUCGCAAGGGCACAUACUCUGCUUUCCGACUUAGUGAGUUUUCCGGACAGGGCAAUAGUGUUGGCCUUGGGAUCAACGUGGACGUGGCCAAUACGGCCUUCUGGAAUGGCGGCGUGUCGAUUGCCAUAGUAGCGCGAUUCAUGCUAAGUCCUUCCAACGCCCGGAACGAGAAGCAAGCCAUCCCUUGGGGCAAAAUGGCAGAUGCGCUUCGCCCAGUCCAAAACAUGAACCCCAACUCGAAGCAACUUGUGUGGUCCCAAUCAGAUGCCUUCAAGAAGCUUCGACGUCUCUGUAAGCUUCGAUUUACUGUCCACCACCGCGGUAAGAUGGGUAACGACAAGGUGUACGUCAUCAAGAACUUCGUUUUUGACCCGAAGUAUGGACAGAGGGGUGCCGACUCUCUCAACGUCACCUUUCAGAAGAAGAACAAGGACGGCACACUCGAGAAGCCCGUCACGAUUUUUGACCAUUUCAAAAACACUUACAACGGCCGCCUUCAAUAUCCGGAUCUGCCGCUCAUUGAGACGACCAGAGAUGGAAUCUUCCCAAUGGAGGUGUGCAAGUUGAUUGAAUGGCAGCGCUACUCGUACAAGCUCGACCCUGAACAGACUGCGGAGAUGAUCAAGAUUGCCGUUAGCAGACCAGCAGCUCGCACGGCGGACAUUGCUCGUGGUGUUGCCUCCCUUGCAUGGAACACCGAUCCAUACUUCAAGGAAUUCGGCCUGAACGUCUCGCCCAACAUGAUCAUCUCCAACGCUCGACUUCUACCCAGCCCCGAGGUCCACUUCGCGGGCUCCAAAGUCAACCCGGGUGUCUCAGGACGAUGGGACUUGCGAGGUAAACGCUUUUUGGAGGGCACCAAGGAGCCAUUGAAGUCAUGGGGCUUCAUUGGCUGUGGAUCCAAUGAUGGUAAAGCGCUUGACCAGUUGAAUGCUUUCGUCUCGCAAUUUGUACGCAUUUACAAGGGUCAUGGUGGCAGAAUCGAGAAGAAUCCCUUCGUGACCACCUAUUCGUUCGCCAAGAAUUAUGCCGACAUGUGCAGCGAUGGGUACAGAGAAACUGGCAAUCACUGCAAGGGUGAACCUCAGAUCCUCUUCUUCGUUGUCAGCACCAAGAACCAGUUGGUGUAUGAGCGUAUCAAGAAGAACAUGGACUGCAGACUGUGCACAGUCAGCCAGGUCUUGCAAGCCGAUCACGUCCGCAAGGCAAACGCGCAAUAUUGCAGCAACGUAAGCAUGAAAGUGCAUAGUAAGCUAGGAUCAACAGUCUGCAAAGCUGUUCCGGUUGGAAACAGCUCCCCUUCCCCAUUCUUCCCACGACCGACUAUAAUUCUGGGUCUUGACGUGUCUCACGGCAAUCCUGGAUCCGGCGGUCCUUCAUUUGCCGCAAUGUCGAUGUCGACGGACAAGAUUGCGGCGCGCUAUACGGCUAGCGUUCAAACCAAUGGAUACGCCGUCGAGAUUGUGGACAAUCUCACAAUGUGCGAUCUCCUCACGCCGAGGUUUCUCAAGUGGUGGGUUGCACAGAACAGCGCGGCAAUUCAACACGUUAUACUCUUCAGGGACGGCGUUAGCACGGGUCAGUUCCAGCACGUGAUCGACUUUGAGGUGAAGCAAAUCAAGCGCAUCUUUGCUGAGUCCGGAUUCCCUACUCCACGAUUCACUGUCAUCGUGGCUACCAAGCGUCAUCACCUAAGAGUAUUUCCACAGCCAAAUACACCAACUGCGGACAAGAAUGGCAACGCUCUGCCUGGCACGCUCGUGGAGCGUGACGCGACUCACCCAUUCUCUUGGGACUUCUACCUGGUUGCUCAUGUAGCUCUACAAGGUACUGCUCGUCCCACCCAUUAUCAUGUGCUACUAGACGAGGCUGGACUCUCUCCCGAGCACCUUCAACGCAUGAUAUACAUGCAGUCUUAUCAGUAUUGUCGCUCUACCACGCCUGUAUCUAUUCACCCCGCCGUCUACUACGCCCACCUGGCGUCGGGUCGAGCUAGAGCCCACGAGGAUGUGGCUGCGAGCCAGAAGGAAGUACCCAGUGGCAAGGCUGGCUUUCCAUUGGGCAAAGCUCCAAGCACCUUGAGCUCCGGAAGAGCUCGUAACUCGGCUGCUCCUAAGCUGGUCCCCAUGCAGUUUAAGGAUGCCAACGCCACAAACAUCCAGAACAUCAACACCCGCUUCUGGUUUGUCUAAGAAGCUACUUCUACCAACAAUCUUCCCCACCCUUGAUUGCUCUAGAAACGAUAAUGUGCUAAGAAGGCAUAUUACACAAGAUUCCCUGACGUAUUCGAUUCUACAGUUG